AUGACCAAACCUCUAAAGUAUUGUCGUGACAGAGUAAAUUAUUGGGGUUAUACAAUUUUAAACGAAAACAAUACUAUAAAUAAUAACAAUUUAGAAAAUAAUAAUAACACAGAGAUACCAGAUAAAAAUAAUAAUUUAGACAGUGCUAAUAACAAUAAUAGCAAUAACAACAAUAAUAACAAUUUGGAAAAUUUUGAUACCCCAAGUGAAUUUUUUUUCAGAGAUUUCAAAUUAAAUCUUGUCAACAACAACGACAAUAAUAAUAACACAAGUGAAUUCUCAUCAUCGUCAUCUCCAAUAGAGUUGUCCAGUUCAGAUGAUAGUAUAGAAAGUGAUCAUUUCAUUGACCAAGUAACAAAUGACUCAUAUCAACAAUACCUACAGCUACAACAACACAAUGUUAAUACCGAAGAUAAAAAAAGAAAACAAAUCUCAACAUUCAUUCCUGAAGAAGAUAGCGUAACUGGUGAAGCUAUCAAAAAAAUGAAAAUUGUAUAA